UUUUUUAUGCUGCCAAAAUUAGAGCAUAAAAAUGCUUACUAUUUAUAGGUUAUCCACCAAGUUAAGAAGACAGUCGUGUAUGAUCUGCUCGAAAUUAACGAAACUAGUGAUGUCUCGCGAAACGCACGUAAAUGGAGUGGAACCUGUCGUUAAUGGGGUGGAGCCAGAAAAAAACGAAAAGUCGAAUAAAUACAGUGAUUAUAUAAAAUUUUUGGAAUUGGUGGGUAACUUGAAGCAUACGAAGCGCACUGGAUGGGUUCUACGAAAUGUUAAAGAUUGUGAAAGUAUAUCUGGUCAUAUGUACCGAAUGGGAAUGAUGUCAUUUUUGCUAGAUAGCAGCUUAGAGCUAGAUCGGGUCCGUGUUAUGGAAUUAGCGAUGAUACAUGACCUUGCCGAAAGUAUCGUGGGCGACAUUACACCUUACUGUGGAAUUUCUAGGGAAGAAAAAUUGCUUCGAGAAUUUUCGGCCAUGUCGGAAAUUGCGGAUUUACUUGGCCCAUGCAAGGACAAGCUGCUUGAACUUUUCAACGAAUACGAAGAAGGCAAAACGGACGAGGCCAAGUUUGUCAAGGAUUUGGACCGGCUCGAUAUGGUGCUGCAAGCUUUCGAGUAUGAAAAACGUGACAAUUGUCCAUUGAAGCAUCAGGAGUUUUUCGAUUCCACUCAUGGCAAAUUUGUGCAUCCAUUUGUGAUCAAUAUCGUAAACGAAAUCUAUGCCCAAAGAGCCAAGUUCGCGGAAAACAGUGGAAACUGCACUGCGGAGAGUUUGGCAUUAUCACGUGAGGCUGCUAGCAGUGGAGGUAGCAGAUGAUUCUGGAAAUGGCACUUUAUGCGCCUAUUUCAGUAGUCAUUGGCGUCUAUUUAAGAAAGGUAUGGCGAGUUUAAUUUAACGUGAUCUCAACUUCGAUAAAUGAAUUAAUGUGGUAUUUUCUGCGGGUGCUCAAAUAAUGAAAAAGCGUAUUAGCUAGUCAAUCUAAAAUGAAGAAGUGCUUUAGCUGAAAUAUUAGCUAAGUUUAUUUUUUUUCGAUUGUAAUUCAGUGUAAUAUUUUAAUAAUGUUCUAUAACUAAAUAUGUUUUAGUUUCAGGGAUUAUAGGCACUACUCAAUUAAUAGUAUUUCGCUGUUAAAAACGAAUCAAGUACACUAAAUAUUUAAACACACCUAAA